GGGCGCCUAUCUCUAGGGGCGCCUAUCUCUAUGGGCGCCUAUCUCUAUGGGCGCCUAUCUCUAUGGGCGCCUAUCUCUAUGGGCGCCUAUCUCUAUGGGCGCCUAUCUCUAUGGGCGCCUAUCUCUAUGGGCGCCUAUCUCUAUGGGCGCCUAUCUCUAGGGGCGCCUAUCUCUAUGGGCGCCUAUCUCUAUGGGCGCCUAUCUCUAUGGGCGCCUAUCUCUAUGGGCGCCUAUCUCUAUGGGCGCCUAUCUCUAUGGGCGCCUAUCUCUAGGGGCGCCUAUCUCUAUGGGCGCCUAUCUCUAUGGGCGCCUAUCUCUAUGGGCGCCUAUCUCUAUGGGCGCCUAUCUCUAUGGGCGCCUAUCUCUAUGGGCGCCUAUCUCUAUGGGCGCCUAUCUCUAGGGGCGCCUAUCUCUAGGGGCGCCUAUCUCUAUGGGCGCCUAUCUCUAGGGGCGCCUAUCUCUAGGGGCGCCUAUCUCUAUGGGCGCCUAUCUCUAUGGGCGCCUAUCUCUAUGGGCGCCUAUCUCUAUGGGCGCCUAUCUCUAUGGGCGCCUAUCUCUAUGGGCGCCUAUCUCUAUGGGCGCCUAUCUCUAUGGGCGCCUAUCUCUAUGGGCGCCUAUCUCUAUGGGCGCCUAUCUCUAUGGGCGCCUAUCUCUAGGGGCGCCUAUCUCUAUGGGCGCCUAUCUCUAUGGGCGCCUAUCUCUAGGGGCGCCUAUCUCUAUGGGCGCCUAUCUCUAGGGGGCCUAUCUCUAGGGGCGCCUAUCUCUAUGGGCGCCUAUCUCUAUGGGCGCCUAUCUCUAUGGGCGCCUAUCUCUAUGGGCGCCUAUCUCUAUGGGCGCCUAUCUCUAGGGGCGCCUAUCUCUAUGGGCGCCUAUCUCUAG